AUGAAUGCAGCAACCUCUCUUGCUUCUGGAUCCUUGCUUCUUUUCUUUGGUAGUGUCGCUGACCUGUUUGGGAGAAAAACUAUGUUCAUUGGCUCGAUGUUCCUCUUCGCGGUGUUCUGCCUUGGUGCAGGCUUCUCUAAGGAUGGGCUAACGCUUGAUACUUUAUGCGGGAUACUGGGGAUUUUUAGUGCGUCUGCUGUACCCUCUGCUCAAGGCAUGCUGGGUACUAUCUACGACAAACCAUCGCAGCGCAAAAACAAAGCGUUCGGGUGCUUCAGUGCAGGAAAUCCUUUGGGCUUCGUGUUCGGUAUCAUCUUCUCGGGGCUUGCGACCGAGCUUUUCAACUGGAGAGCUGCGUUCUGGCUACUGGCGAUUGUGUACCUUAUUAUCAGCAUCCUCGCUGCAAUUUUUGUGCCGAGCGAUCAUGCGAAGAAGGUUACAUUCAAUCGCGAGACGCUCAAGCGACUGGAUCUGCCGGGGACUUUGACGACAAUUCUGGGCAUCGGCAUGUUCUGUGCAGCUCUGACACUUGGUGGCGAUGCACCUAAUGGCUGGAAGACUCCUUACGUUCUGGUUUUGCUCAUCCUCGGCGCGCUCCUGAUCAUUGCAUUCAUCUUCUGGGAAAUCAGGUACCCGUACGCCAUGAUUGAUAUGAGAAUAUGGAGAGACAGGGACUUUUCACUCUUGCUCGCUAUCGUAUCUUUGGGCUUCAUUGGCUUCCCUGUCUCCACGUUCUGGCUGUCUCUCUGGUUCCAGAGGUUUGAAGGGUACAAUGCCCUCAUGACUGGUGUGCAUAUGCUACCCAUGUUUGUCUGCGGUGUUCUCGUAAAUAUUAUUGGGGCCCUCAUCCAACAUAAAGUGUCCAAUAAGUUACUGAUGGGCAUCGGGGCUUUUGCCUACGUCGUCUCGUUUGUGCUCAUAGCUGUACAACGGUGGGGGGAUUCGUAUUGGGCGUUCUCCUUUCCGGGAUUAUGCCUGAUAGUCGUGGGUGCCGACUUUCAGUUCGUGGUCACCAACAUGUACGUCAUGUCGUCGAUGCCUUCAGAAAAACAAUCAAUCGCAGGUUCGCUGCUGCAAACGCUCACUCGUCUGUCCCAAGCUGUUGGCUUUGGUAUUGCAACAGCCAUCUUCGAUGCAGUGCAGCAGAGCCCUUCUAACUCUGGUUACUACGCAAACGAUCCUAUACAGCCGUAUGUUUCGACGUUCUGGUUCGCGGCAGGCAUGGCUGCUUUGGGCGUUGUGUUGGUACCAUUCUUGACGAUUGGUACCCAAGGUCAUCAUGGGGAUAAAGGGCGGUUGGUGGAGCGAAGUAGCGAGGAUGUAUCGUCGCCAAUCCCUCAGACAGAGAAGCCGAACGAAAAAGUAUCGACACGGCAUAGCAAAGAGGUGCCAGUAGAGGUGCCUUGA